AUGGAGGUAUAUGGAAAAUCUGUGGCUGCCGCGCCAAUCAAUGUCAUUUUUUUGUCCAGUAUUCUCAACCAGGAAGGGGCAUUUCCUUGUCACAAGUGUGACUAUAGGUGUCAUAAUGAACACCUCUUCGGAAAUAUGUACCGAUGCAGGCUAACUGGAAUCACACACAUCUGCGAUAAAAACUGUAACCAGAGGAUUCUGUAUGAUAAUUAUAGCUCCCUCUGCAGGGUUAGUGGGCAGGUUUUCCCUCUUUCACCAGUGGAACAGCAGGCAUUGAGGGGCAUCCGCAGGAAGCAUGAUGGAGAGAGUUCAGAGGGCUGUGCUUUUAAGCGCAGGCGAGAUGCCCAGCGGCAUCCUUCUCCUUUUGAGAGAUCCUUCCAAGCUGUAACUCCAAUCUGCAGUCAAAUUGGAGACAGCAUGGACAUGAACUAG